AAUUACUUUCUUUUGAUUAGGAAGAAGUCUCUGCAGCGAUGUCGGAGACCGCUCCCGCCGCCGCUCCCGCUGUCGCGGCCCCCGCCGCUAAAGCCGCCGCCAAGAAGCCGAAGAAAGCGGCGAGCGGCUCCAAAGCCCGCAAGCCCGCGGGCCCCAGCGUCACCGAGCUGAUCACCAAGGCCGUGUCCGCCUCCAAGGAGCGCAAGGGGCUCUCGCUCGCCGCGCUCAAGAAGGCGCUGGCCGCCGGCGGCUACGAUGUGGAGAAGAACAACAGCCGCAUCAAGCUGGGGCUCAAGAGCCUUGUCAGCAAGGGCACUCUGGUGCAGACCAAGGGCACCGGCGCCUCUGGCUCCUUCCGGCUCAGCAAGAAGCCCGGAGAAGUGAAGGAAAAAGCCCCCAAGAAGCGGGCAGCCGCGGCCAAGGCCAAGAAGCCAGCGGCAAAGAAGCCUGCCAGCGCAGCCAAGAAGCCCAAGAAGGCAGCGGCAGUGAAGAAGAGCCCCAAGAAAGCCAAGAAGCCGGCGGCUGCGGCAGCCAAGAAAGCAGCUAAGAGCCCCAAGAAGGCGACUAAGGCUGCCAAGCCCAAAAAGGCGGCGGCAGCAGCGAAAAGCCCGGCCAAGGCAAAGGCAGUGAAGCCUAAAGCAGCCAAGCCCAAGGCAGCCAAGCCCAAAGCAGCCAAGGCGAAGAAGGCGGCGGCCAAGAAGUGAAGUGUUAAAGUGGAAAUACUUAAACCCAACGGCUCUUUUAAGAGCCACCCACUAUUGUCCGAGAAAGGGCUGGUAACACUCAGUUUCUGAGCUCCGUGCCUGCAGCAGGGCUAACAACACGCCAAUAUCCGUGUCGGGUGUUCGACUGUGGAGUGGAUGGGACGCCAAACUUUUGGCCGUGGUUUCGCUAGGACUUGGGAAAAUAAAGUUUACAUUCCCUGUGAAAA